AGAAGAUCCACUUGGCGUGGACAUCAUCACCGUCGAGAAGCGUAUUCUCCAACAACGAUUGUUACGAUUUACCGGAAAUUUUAAUGUGGAAGUGCUGUGUUUAUAGUGAAAAUGGUUAAGUUUGGACUAAUAUUAAUUGUGGUGGUCGCAAAUUUUUGUAUCGCGACCGAUUACAAUGUAACCGAAUACGUCAAAUCGCUUCCCGAUGAUAUUAAACACAUUGUAGAAAAGGCGUUGUUAUUAGAAAAAGUAGAAUCGACAAUGAACUGCAUACAUGUUGAGGAAAGAACUUGUCCCGCUAUGAAAUUUAGAGAACCAUCGGGCAAAUGUAAUAAUGUUAGACAUCCGAAUUGGGGUGCGAGAGGACAGAAAUUAUUAAGAUUAAUAAGACCUAAUUAUGCCGAUGGCACUUCAUUUCCUAUAAAUCAUUAUCCAUCGUAUUUACUACCUGAUUCACGACAUGUGAGUUCGAUUCUCCGAAAAAAUCCGAAAAAUAAACAUGAAUCCGUGACUGCUUUAUUGGCGGCUUGGAGCGAAUUAUUAUUACACGAUCUAACCAGUACUGGUACUUUGAAAAAUCCGCAUUGUUGUGAUAAAAACAAAAAACACGAUGAAUGUUACAACAGUUAUCUAAAUGAAGAAGAUUGUCUAGAAUAUAUGAGAACGUUACCGUCCAUUGAUAUAAAACGUUGUAAAUUCGAAUUCAGAGAUCAGAUGAAUUUGGCAACAUCAUUUUUGGAUGCAUCCUCAAUUUACGGGAAUACCUUAGACGAUAUGAACAAGAUUCGUUUAUACGAAGGAGGUAGAAUAAAUGAAUCCAAUUGCGCUACUUGUUUUUCAAAUCCUUUGUAUACUGUUUUAAUGGAAGAACACAACAGAAUAGCUAGAGAGCUAAAGAAUAUAAAUACACAAUGGAAAGACGAUGAUCUCUUUUAUGAAAGUAGAAGAAUUGUAAUAGCGGAAAUUCAACAUAUUACUUAUAAUGAGUUCUUACCGCUCGUUCUAGGAGAGGAAACCAUGACGGAAUUUGAUCUUGGAUUGAAAAAAUACGGUAGAUUUUCGAAAUAUUCGAGUAAAAAUCGAACUGGAAUAUAUAAUGAAGUUGCCGUAACGGCUUUACCGAUAUUGCUGUCGUUGUUACCACAAUCACUGACCAAGAUAAAUUCCGGGAGUUAUGCAGAAAAGGUAAUUGACCUAAUUAGAAAUCCUGCUUUAAUACCAAAUGCCCAAAUAUAUGUGACGUUACGGAGCAAUUGGGACACUUUUGCACUUCUUCUUCAUAUGAGUAGAGAUCAUGGUAUUGCACCGUAUACAGAAUAUUUAAAAUUGUGCAACAAACCUUUAAAAACCAUCGAACGUUAUACCGAUUUAGAAAUAUUUCGAAUCCAGAAAUCAAAUUUAAUACAUUUAGAACAAUUAUAUAAAAACCCUGACGAUAUUGAUCUUAUAGUCGGGGCCAUUUUAGAAGAACCUUUACCAGGUUCUUUGUUGGGUCCAACUUUUAACUGUAUUUUGAAAAAACAAUUCCAACUUUUAAGAGAAUCAGACAGAUUUUGGUACGAAAACGAUUUACCACCUAGUUCUUUCACUAACAAUCAAUUGAAAGAAAUCAAGAAAGCAACCCUUUCUAGUAUUUUGUGCGCUAACGUUCCGGAACUUUAUAAAUUACCUCCUAAAAUAUUUAUACAGGAAGAUAUAUUUUUAAAUUCUGGCAUAUCUUGUGAUCAAUAUCCACUUCCACAAUUUACAGAAUGGACAGAUCAAGAAAACGAAACGGAUAUUAAUGAGUACGUACUAAAGGAAGCUCUAGCUGAAGCUCAAAAAGAUCUCGUGGAAAGGAGAAAGAUGGAAUAUAAAGUUUGGACCGAACUAGGGGGCGUUAACCCAAAGUCUCCUCAAGGUACGGCGGUAGCUUUUAGUAAAGCUAGCAAAGACGCUCUUCAACUGGCUAAUAGUUCCCUAUUAUUUGAAUUGACUUCUAACAAAAUUAUCGAUACGCUUAUGCAUCGUAGAAGGAAACGACACGUUUUUAUCGAUGAAGAAUUACCAAUUUUAAGGAACGAAUUGACGGAAAAUCUUAAAAAUCUAGAUAUAAACAUAUAUUUAUCAGAUUUACUCAAACAAAUGAAACCUAAUGAAGAUUGUGACGAAAAAGAAAUUUGCGAUUCGACGUCUCCUUUCAGAACCUAUACAGGAUAUUGUAAUAAUUUGAAACAUCCCCAUUGGGGAAACUCCCUAACUCCUUUCAUUAGAAUGUUACCUAGCGCAUAUGAAGAUGGUAUAUCGAAAGCUAUAGUGACUGGCGUUAGCGGUUUACCUCUUCCGAAUCCUAGAAUAGUAUCAAGGAUAAUUCAUCCCGAUAUAAGUAAUAUUCAUUCUAAAUAUACUUUAAUGACGAUGCAAUUCGCUCAACUAUUAGAUCACGAUAUAACACUUACACCUGUUCAUAAGGGUUUCGAGGAAUCUAUACCAGAUUGCAGGUCGUGUAACAGUCGUUUUACUGUACAUCCGGAAUGUGAUCCGUUACCAAUACCUCCCGGCGAUCAUUAUUAUCCAGAAUUUAACGUUAAAACAGGCGAAAGAGUAUGUCUCCAUUCGAUGAGAUCUUUACCGGCUCAACAACAUUUGGGUCCUAGAGAACAAAUGAACAUGAACAGUGCUUUUCUCGACGCUUCUAUGAUUUACGGGGAGAAUCCUUGUAAAGCGCGAAAAUUGAAAAGUAGAUUAGGUAUUAUGAAUUAUACUAAUCAUCCUAUUAAAGGCAAACCCCUGCUACCCCAAAGUUCACAUCACCCUGAAUGUAAAUCGCGUUCGGGAUUAUGUUUCAUCGCAGGCGAUCCGCGCGCUUCCGAACAACCAGCUUUGGCAACGAUCCACACAAUAUUUAUGCGAGAACAUAACAGAAUAUCGGAAAUUUUGUAUAAAUUGAAUCCUCAUUGGGACGAAGAAAAUAUUUUCGAGCACGUUAGAAGAAUUGUGACGGCCGAAUUCCAACAUAUAACUUACAAUGAAUUUUUACCGAGACUUUUAGGCUGGAACGCUAUGAAUUUGUACGAACUCACUUUAUUACCUAAUGGAUAUUUUAAAGGUUACGAUCCCGAUUGUAAUCCUACGGCGUUUAAUGAAUUUGCAGCCGCCGCUUUCAGGAUAGGCCAUUCUUUAUUGAGACCACAUAUACCUAGAGCGAACGCUAAUUACGAAAUCGUCAAUCCACCCAUACUUCUAAGAGAUGGUUUUUUCAAAAUGGACAUGAUGUUAAGAGAAAACAUGGUGGACGAAAUUACGAGAGGACUUAUUUCGACACCAAUCGAAAGUAUGGAUCAAUUUAUAACAGCUGAAGUAACGAAUCACCUUUUUGAAGAUAGGAAAAUACCAUUUUCAGGAAUUGAUUUAAUUUCGAGAAACCUUCAAAGAGCUAGAGACCACGGAAUUCCAUCUUAUAACAAUUAUAGAGCUUAUUGUAAUUUGAAGAGAGCUACGACUUUCGAAGAUCUUCAUCGAGAAAUGACUCAAGAUAGUAUUGCUAAAUUGAAAAGUAUAUAUGCAUCGGUUGAUGAUAUAGAUUUAUUUCCGGGUGGAAUGAGCGAAAUAGCGGUGAAGGGCGGUAUGGUAGGACCCACUUUCGCCUGUAUUAUUGGUAUUCAAUUUAGACAAUUGAAGAAAUGUGACAGAUUUUGGUACGAAAACGAUAAUUUUGCGACGAGGUUUACAGAACAACAAUUAGCCGAAAUAAGAAAAAUUUCGUUAGCGAAAAUUCUUUGCGAUAAUAUGGAUGUAGCAAAUUAUAUUCAACGUUACGCGUUCGAUUUACCAUCGAAUUUCUUAAACCCCCGAGUACCUUGUCAUUCACUACCGUCUAUUAAUAUUCGUGCUUGGAAAGAAUACGGGGCUCAUAGAGGAUGUUUAAUCGGAGAUAAAUAUGUGGCGGUUGGAGAAUCUAAUUUUCCGAGUCCGUGUUCCGCUUGUACUUGUACACCACAAGGAGGAAAUUGUGCCUCUUUAAGAAUAGCCGACUGUCAUAAGUUGAUUAGAUUUUGGUCGAAACGAGAAAUUUUGAAAGAUGAAGUUUGUACAGCCCAAUGUGGUUACCUAUUAUCUAAAUUAGAUUCAUCGUCAGCGCACGAAUUCCGACAACACUCGAUAAAUUUUCUUAGGAAUAAACCACAAUUUCCGCCGACCAAUCUAGACAAUUCCGACGAUUUCGAUCUUAUAGAUUUUUCAUAUUUGUUAAAAAAAUGAAUUUCGUUUCUAACGAUAUAGCGUGUUCAAAAUGCAAAUGAGCAAUAUAGAAAAACGAUUUUAAGACAAUAAAAUUACUAGAUGAUCUCAUUAUAAAAAAAUAUUUAGAACAUGAAUAAUUCGGAAAGAAGUAGACAUACUACAAGAAAAUGAAAAUUGUGUGUGUCAGCUCCGACGCACGACUGGAGUUUACUCCUUAAGUUCGAUAGUCUAACCAGACGCAAAAAGAGUUUAUUUAACUUAAAGUUGAUUAUCUAAUUUUAUGUGUUGUUUUCAAACAUAUAUUUAUAUGAACUACAUCGAUAAUUAUUAAAAUAUUUAAUAAAUACAAAUUGCACAUGCUUAUACAUAUAAUACAUGAAUUAUAACGUACCUUGCAACCACGUGUUUGUUAGAUGUUCCGGCAAUAUCAUCUACACCUCUUUCUGCCAUAGUUAUUUGAAAAUACUUUCAGUUCACUUUAGCGGAACACAAUGAUAAUAAAACUUCACAUUAACAGCAAUAUAAGUAUGUUGACACUGACAAAUUAGAAAGUUGCGCAUCAUAGGGUGCGCACCAAAAACUUAACGAGGUCAUUCAUCGAUAGAUUUUACUCCUCACAUUUUUCUCAUACUGGGCCCCUUAUAUAUGCAAAUCGAUUCUUAAGGAGUAAACUCCAAAAACUUUCGCAUAUGAUAAAACAAAUACUUUUUUGAGAAAAUUUGAGUAGAUGUACGAUAUAAUUUUCAUUUUUUUUCAAAUUAAAGCUGUAAAUACACUUUUUUAUUCGGGUGCUCUUCAAAUUAGUCACCUGUUGAGAUUAAAUAUACUUCCGUGUUAAACAAUGGCGUAAAAACAUUGAUUCAGCAAUAGCCAUUGAUUUUUUUAAUAGAAUUUUACUUCAUCAUUUAGUUAGUAACAUCAUUCUCAUUUAUAAAUCCAUAAAUCAUUUUUUUGAGCGUCGAACUCCGAUUUAUUUUGUCAUUAAGGUAAUUAUACACUUUCACGGUCACCUGGUUUUUUGGCUCUAGAAAAUCGAAAAAUGGAUGGAUUUUAAUGAUCUUGGUCUCAAAAUGUUCCAUUUUACGGCAGAUUUUUUUAAAAAAAUAGUAGAAAUAGCUGGAAUGAAAAUUUCUCACAGUUUUACUGUUUUAAAUCGUAAAAAAAAAACGGUUUUGCAAAAUAAUCCUUUACAAAAAGUUCUUAUAAAGUUCUUAUAUUUUUUUGUAUUCUACAUAAAUUAAUAAACAAUUUAAAAAAAAUCCAAAAAGAAUGAUUUUUUCAGUUUUUAUAGCUUAAAAUGAAAUCAAUGAAAAACAAUCAAUUUUCGUGAAUAGUUUCCUACUAUAUUCUUCAAUGUUAAUAGUUUUUGGACCAUUAAAAAUCGAAAAAUAGAUAAAUUUUAUAAUUUUGGUCUCAAAAUGUUCCAUUUUUCGACGAAUUUAUUAAAAACACGGGGGUAGUGGUUGAAUUUGCGGUUUUUAAUAGUUUUAAACCUUAAAUAGUAGAAAAACUUUUUUUUCAAAAUAUUCAUUUUAUUAUGUAAAUUGCGGAAAAAAAAUAUACGAACUUGAUUCCACGACGUCAGAAACAGUUACGAAGGAUUAUAUGUAGAAAGUCAUUUUUUUUGCAUUUAAAGUCAUGAAACUGUAAAAAAUAUUUAUUUUUUUUAAUUUUCGUAUUUUUUUUUUAUAAAUCCGCCGUAAAAUGGAACAUUUUGAGACCAAGAUCAUUAAAAUCCAUCCAGUUUUCGAUUUUCUAGAGGCAAAAAACCAGGUGACCGUGAAAGUGUAUAAUUACCGUCAUUAAUUACAUUUAUACAGGGUGUUACUCAAUUUCGACUUUACUAUGAAUUUAGUACAACUAAAUAUGAAUAAUUUGUAAUAUUAUAUUUAGCUUUAGAUAUUUACUUUCGCUAUAACUAAGUAUUGUAUAUAUAUUUUCUCAUUUAAUAAAAACCAAACUGUGAUUUAGCCUGAAUGUAAAUUGAAUGGACACAACUACCCGUGUGCCAAAUAAAUAUUUUAAACGCUUCUUUUAUUUCAAAUGAUAAUCAUAAGGAGACGUCGUAAUUAAAUAUAAAAUAUUUGCUAUGUAUAUAUACGAAAAUAAUUCGGUAGAAACACGAUUUGAGUCUUAAUAUAUUUAUUAACGUUUUCAAUUUCGGUAGUGAAUUGAAUUACCCUAUAAACAAGUAAUUUGAAACUACAUUUCAUCAUUAGCGAUAAAAAUUUUUGCUGAAUAAGCUCAAGACAUAUCUUGAGAGAUAACAUUGCUA